UUAAUCUAUGUUUGAGAAAAUGACGAAAACGUCAUUUCAUGGUUUUCGUAGUCUGGAAGGAAAAUGCUAUGAUCCAUACUGGAGGAAACAUUAUCUGGAGUAAUUAAAGUUAUAUUCCAACACGAAUCAUUAUGAUCUCCAUUGCACGCCCUCUACUCAUCCACGCUCAAUACUAUCUUCCCACCGCCAGACCAAUGACCUCAUUGAGCCAUAUAAACGCUCCGGUAAAGUGUAAAAAUUCAUGAACUAAAGCUCAAUAUUUCUCAUAUUUCCAAGUUAAAAUAUCUUCCAUCGCAUUGUGGAAGAUGUCUGUGGCAUGGAUUCCAUACGACGGCAGCUGGAUCUCCAUCGGAGCAGCUGCAACAGUUGCCUGUAUCGUGGUUGCCAUGGCAUAUGCAUCUGCAAUAUUUUAUGCUCCCAUUCUCUGGGCAGCCAUAAGACUGAAUGCUACAAGAAACAUGCCUCCCUUACCUCCAGGACGGAUUGGAAUCCCUUAUUUGGGAGAAUCCCUCGACUAUCUGAGAUCAUGGCGUAACCUGCUAGAUCUGGACGUGUGGUACGAUACGCGAUAUGCUAAGCACGGGGGGAUUUUCACUACCCAUAUUCUGGGAAGCCCCACUGUGGUCAUGUUGGGAGCCCAGGCCAACAAGUUCGUCCUAAUCAACGAAAACAAGCUGUUCAGAAACAGCUGGCCAAAAUCUUUCAGAGUUCUGAUCGGAGAGCACGCCAUGGUUACUUCCCAGGGUGCCGACCAUAAAAGGAUGCGCCGGAUUAUACACUCCAUUAUGGGGAUCGAAACGCUGAAAAACUCAGUUGGGAGGUUUGAAAGGCUUGUGUUGCACCAUCUGGACUCCGACUGGCGUCCUGGCCAAAUAAUCCACGCCCAUAGCAAAUUGAGGGAAAUGACGCUGUGUGCGACGGCGGAGUAUUUUUUGGGGUUAAAGGCUGGAGAAGGGUUGGAGAGCUUUAGGCGGCACUUUCACCAUUUCAACAAGGGUUUUCUUUCUCACCCUCUCGAUCUUCCCUGGACGGCCUUUGGCAAGGCCAAGCGCUCUCGCGCCGCCAUUGUUGCUCAAAUUGCUCAGUUGAUCCAUCUGCGUAAAACCUCCUUGAGCAAAAGUGGAGAAGAGGAGGAAAACUUUUUGGACAUGGUUUUGAGGACGCAAAAGGCGGGGAUCGACUCUUGCCUGAGCGACGAGGAGAUUGCAGACAACGUGAUGGGUUUUUUCACUGGGGGUUAGGAUACUACAGCCUCCGCUUUGGCCACAAUUCUUAAGCACCUCGCUCUCUCGCCACACGUAGUACAACGCCUUCGUAAAGAUUGUGAAAAGCUCAGAGAUAGCAAGAAAGUAGGAGAACCUCUUACUUGGGACGAGAUUAAAGGUGUGGAAUACUUGAGAAAUGUAAUAGCAGAAGGGAUGCGUGUUGUGUCUCCUGUAAUUGGAGGAUUCAAGCAAGCGAAAGUAGACGUUGUAUAUGGUGGUUAUACCAUUCCAAAGGGGUGGAAGGUUCAUUACUCUAUCAGACAAACAAGCACCAAGGAGGAGUACUUUGACAAUCCAAAAGAAUUUGCUCCAGAUCGCUUCAAUGAGCGACAUGAGCCGUUUUCCAACAUCCCUUUUGGACAAGGAAAUCGAAUAUGUCCAGGAAAUGAAUUUGCAAAGAUAGAAAUGGAAGUAUUUCUCUAUCAUUUUGUUCUGAGAUACAAGUGGGAUUUGGUGGAGGUCGAUGAACCCAUUAGCGUCUCCUUCAAUCCUCAACCCGAACAUGGUUUGCCUUUGAUACUUAAACCAGUAGCCUAAACAAAGUCGAUGUGUAUGAAAGAAGAUAAAAUGGACAUUGUUAUAGUGUUUUGUGAGUAGCUUAAACAGGUUGAUAUGUAUAGGACAAUAAAAUAGCCAUCAGUAUAAUGUUUUAUGGUCCCCAUUUCACGUGAUAUACGAUGUUCAUAUCUUAGAAUAAGAUUUUUGAUAGGAAUUAUAUUUUUCGACAUAGAAAAAAUCAGUUAUCUAUUGUAAAUUAGUAGGCUAUGCAUGAUGUCAGGUUUUAAAACA